AUGCGAAUAUUAAGUGGAGGCCAUGACUUUGAAGGUCGUUCAUAUGUUGCUGAUGUCCCAUUUUUUAUCCUCAACAUGUUCUACUUUCGAUCAAUCUCGAUCGAUGCCAAAAGCCAAACUGCUUGGGUUGGAGCCGCUGCAACUCUCGGCGAAACAUACUAUGCUAUUACCCAAUUUAAUAGCUCCCUUGCUUUCCCUGCCGGCUAUUGCCCUACUAUCGCUUUUGGUGGGCACGUAAGCGGAGGCGGGCACGGCCCGCUAGUUAGGAAAUAUGGUCUUGCAGGUGAUAACGUCAUUGAUGCUCGAAUAAUUGAUGCAAGCGGAAGAGUUCUCGAUAGAGAAUCAAUGGGCGAGGAUCUAUUCUGGGCAAUUAGAGGGGGAACAGGAGCUAGUUUUGGUGUAAUUCUCGCAUACAAAAUAAAACUAGUUGAGGUUCCAAAGAAAUUCACUGCAUUCAGUCUCACCAGAACAUUGCAGCAAAAUGCAACAAAAUUAGUCCAUCAAUGGCAAUCUGUUGCCCCAAAGUUGCCUGCAGAUCUACUUAUUUCACUUCAGUUGACCACUGUCAAAUCCAGUCGAACAGGCAAGAGUACUGUAGCAGCCACUUUUGUUUCUGCUUUUCAGGGUGGAGUUGAUGAGCUACUGUACAUAAUGCAAGAAAAUUUCCCAGAGUUGGGAUUGGUUAAGGGGGAUUGCACUGAAUUAAGUUGGGUCGAAUAUAUCGCUUUCCAUUUUGGCUUGCCAAAAGAAUCAACAUAUGAUAUGUUACUAGGCAAAAUCGCUGCACUACCAAAAGAUUACUUCAAAGCCAAAUCAGACCUUGUUCAACGCCCCAUUCCUGAAGAGGGGCUUAAAAAGAUAUGGAAUCUUAUGAAGAAGAUGGAAUCCCCGCCCGGGCGAAUGGAAUGGAUCCCUUUUGGAGCAAGAAUGGAUGAGAUUCCUGAAUCAGAAAUUCCAUUCCCGCACAGAGCUGGAAACUUAUUCUUAGUGUUCAAAACAACGGGUGUAGAAUGGAAUUCAACGAGUGUAGAAUUGAUGCAAGAACGUAUCGCUUGGAUGAGAAAACUCCAUGCAGUUUUUGGAAAGUAUGUUGCCAAGAAUCCAAGAGGUGCAUAUGUUAAUUAUAAGGAUCUUGAUUUGGGAGUGAAUAACGUGGGCAAAACAAGUGUUGAAAAAGCAAGGAUCUGGGGUGCUCCAUAUUUCAAGAACAAUUUUGAUAGAUUGGUCCAAGUGAAAACCAAAGUUGAUCCUUAUAAUUUCUUCAAGAAUGAACAGAGCAUCCCAAUUUCUCAAUGA